CCGCCUCNGCGGCGNGAAGGCGCCGCUGCCANCGGCAACGNGCUGCCCCUCGGCCAGANCACGGAGGGGUGCAUCGUCUGCAACGUGGAGGCGAAGGUCGGCGACCGCGGCACCAUCGCACGCGCCUCGGGCGACUACUGCAUCAUCAUCUCGCACAACCACGAGACGGGCCGCACGCGCCUGAAGCUGCCGAGCGGGCAGAAGAAGACCGUCCCCAGCACCUGCCGCGCCAUGAUUGGCAUCAUCGCCGGUGGUGGCCGUAUUGAGAAGCCCGUGCUGAAGGCCGGUAACUCCUUCUACCGUUUCCGUGGGAAGCGCAACUGCUGGCCCAAGGUGCGUGGUGUUGCCCGCAACCCCGUGGAGCACCCGCACGGUGGUGGUAACCAUCAGCACAUUGGCCACCCGUCGACCGUCUCGCGCCACGCACCGCCGGGCCAGAAGGUCGGCCUCAUCGCCGCCCGCCGCACCGGUCGCAUCCGCGGUAGCAGGGCCGUCAAGGGCGCCUGGCACCCGGAGGAGUAG